AUGAUGAAGAACAAGCUACUCGUUGCAGCGUCGAUCAUCUUGAAUCUCAUAUUCAUAAUUCAUUCUCUUUACAAUACUUUCACCAUAUGGAAUCCGACGUGGACCAACAGAGCCGCAGCAGAAGCAGAAGUUGCAGCCUCCGUUUCAUGCUCAGGCCAUGGAAGAGCUUACGUGGACGGUAUUGGUGUUCUUGACGGCAAUAAACCUCCUUGCGAAUGCAACAGUUGCUACACAGGCAAAGACUGCUCCAUUCUUGUUAAAGAUUGUCCUGUUGAUGCUAGCGCAGGAGACCCUUUGUUCUUGGAGCCUUUCUGGAUGAGACAAGCAGAGAAAAGCGCGGUUUUGGUCUCGGGAUGGCACAGAAUGAGUUAUCUUUUUCAAGAUGGCUCAUAUGUGUCCGCAGAGCUCGAGAGGAUCAUAAGGAAGCUGCAUAAAGUAGUGGGAAAUGCAGUUACUGAUGACAGAUUCAUAAUCUUUGGAACCGGAGCCACGCAGUUGAUUGCAGCCUCUGUUCAUGCCUUGUCCCAAAUAAACUCAUCAUCAUCACCUUUAAAAGGAGACCCUUUGUUCUUGGAGCCUUUCUGGAUGAGACAAGCAGAGAAAAGCGCGGUUUUGGUCUCGGGAUGGCACAGAAUGAGUUAUCUUUUUCAAGAUGGCUCAUAUGUGUCCGCAGAGCUCGAGAGGAUCAUAAGGAAGCUGCAUAAAGUAGUGGGAAAUGCAGUUACUGAUGACAGAUUCAUAAUCUUUGGAACCGGAGCCACGCAGUUGAUUGCAGCCUCUGUUCAUGCCUUGUCCCAAAUAAACUCAUCAUCAUCACCUUUAAGGCUUUUGGCUUCUAUUCCAUACUACAAUAUUUACAAGGACCAAGCAGAGUUCUUUGAUUCAACACAUCUAAAGUUUGAAGGAGAUGCGUCUGCAUGGAAGAAGAGCAAGGGCAAUGAUAACAUCACACAAGUUAUAGAGAUAGUAACAUCUCCUAAUAAUCCAGAUGGGAAGAUGAAAAGAGCUGUUCUUGAUGGUCCUAAUGUCAAAACAAUUCACGAUUACGCAUAUUACUGGCCUUAUUACUCACCUAUCACAAAUCUAACUGAUGAAGAUCUGAGCUUGUUUAGUCUCUCAAAGGCUACAGGUCAUGCUGGUUCAAGAUUCGGGUGA